AUGAUCGGGCCAUCCUCUGGCACUGGCAGUGUCCCCGAGCGUGAGUUACCCGACAACCAGUCUCGCGCCAGCAAGAAACGAAUCUUCGAGGAUCUGGACAUCGAGAGCAUUUGCGAGGAGGUGCAGAAUGUGCGUAAACGAUACCAGUACCAAGAAGAAAUCGAGGCUCCAAUGGAAGUAGUCAGCUCGCACCAAGGAAUGGGCGACACCGUGGCCCUGUUCUCGCCGUUGUCUGCCCAGGAAGCCGUGGAGGAGUGUCCAGUCGCCCGACUGGAAGUUCUCCUCGUGGACGGUACUAACUGCACCUGGACAACCGUUUCUGAGCUGGAACACCAGCAGAAUAUCGUCGACAUGGCGGCCUCGCCAUCGACGUCCUCCUCGUCGUCGUCGGAGCACAAGCAAGAGCAAGUGAUCCACGAGGUUCAAGUAGAGGAGACGAGCUAUCCCAUUAACUCUGAUUAUUGGGAGCCAGUUGUCACCGUGCCGCCGUCCAAUAUACAACAGAGUAAGACUGACGUGCCUCCUUCUAGUAGUCAUCAACAGCAACAGUUCGACGAUCAGGAGACUGGGAACCUUUCCUGGUUGCUGGAUUUCAAGUUGGAUCCGUUUAUCGAGGCUGCCGACGAGAAAUCCACUGUGCCUUCGUACAAAGACGUUCACAGUGGGAACAAGACAAGAGUGAAUGGACGUUCUUACGGAUACACGUACGUAAACGAUGUGAAGAGGAGCUACAACGAGAACGGAUCGUCGCAUCUGGAGUCGAGUCAUAGUUACUCUAGCCUGGACAAUCGGAAUUUUGUGUCUUCCCGAUGCAACGGACCAAAGAAGCCACCGUUCACGUACACAGAGCUUAUAGAACACGCUCUUCGCGAAAAGGGGGAGCUCACGGUGUCAGCUAUCUAUCAAUGGAUUUCAGAACACUUCCCCUACUAUAAAAGCAACGAUGAUCGUUGGAAAAAUUCGGUGCGACACAAUCUCUCCAUAAAUCCCCACUUCAGAAAAGGAUCAAAGGCGCCGCAUGGAGCUGGGCAUCUAUGGGCCAUUGCAAAUCGCUCUGGAGAUCCUAGACCUAGACAAAUCAUUAAUAAUUUUAAUGCUAACUCCACCUUGAAGCAGAUGAACAAAAACACUGUUGAAGUUGAGAACGUCAGGAAAAAUAUCAGUCAAAUGAAUUCAAUAGAUGAAGUAGAAGCAGCGACUGCCAGCAUUACUCAACAGUCUUCAGAGGAAGAGGCUGAAAAUAUAGUGAAUUCCGUAACAUUGGAACACUGCGCUGAAGAAAUCCUUAGUGGUAUUAAGAAAGAAGUAGAGGUACAAUAUCUCGUACCAAUGAUGGUGUCUAGCAAUGAACAUGAAUCUACCCAGUCCAAUCAACAAACACAGGGGCUUCAUUAUCCUGUGAAAGAGAGUGAUUUCCUUAAUCCAGUGUCGAAGGAAGUAGUUGCCGAAGAAUGUGGACUAAUUAGCGAAGGCUAUCUGGUCACAGACUUAAAUCCCACUACUUUGGGCUUGAACAUGGUUGAACCAGAAAUCAUUACACCUGAAAACCUCUUUGGUGAGGAGUUGAGUUUCCAAUUCUACGAAUUAUCAUCCCCAUCGCAGACCCAAUCUGCCUGACACAUGGAGAAAAAUAAGUUGCGAUUAAUUGUCAUUGACGAACUGCACGUGCAAAAUAUUCAGGGCUGCGAUCAAGUGGAAAACAAAGGAGAUAGUCACAAUGGUAUCGAUGAAAAGGAAUUUCAGGAAUCGAUGGUUGAAAGCUGAUUUUCUUUUUGAUACAGCAAGACUCGUAUAUAAAUCAAAACGAAAAUGACUUUAAUUUCUUCGAAAGUUCUCGGAAACAAACGAAGCGAACAAAGCUGAAUGGGAUGCAGCAUAUCAUUGCUCCAGUAUGCCUGGAUAUGUUUUAUCGUGUCAUUUAAUACUACACAUUAGUAUAGUUUUCUUCUAGCUCUUACAGAAUAAUAUGUACCGUUUUUUUUUU